ACAAAUGAGUGUAUCAAUAUUCAAACGAGAGAGGAAAAGGAGAAAAGAAAUCGCAAAUAAAGCUGACAACAAUCAGCUAUAAGAUUGAUUUUUUUCCAAUGUCUAUCAUCAUUUAUGCAAUCUUCUUUCGUAGGAGGGGCACCCCAGAAUGGCGUACGUAAUAAACUAAUACGGCACUGCGACUAGUACAAAAUGGUCGACGUGCCUUGAUCGUGUCGUUGACGGUGGGCCCGCGAGACGAUGCGAGACUGUGUUAUCAGCCAGUGCUACUGAACCGAAUCCCGCCGUAUCGGACAAGACGGAAUAAUAACGGCCGUGAAACGUGCGCGACACAGCUAAAUGGGAUAGAAUCGCACCUCUCUGGUUUGCGUGCGGUCGUCGAAGUACAGCGAGAACGCGAGGUAAGGCGAGGAUACGUGCAAGAAGGACGCGAGGAGCGAUGGAGAAGCGACAGGAGGUGCUCGCCCCGUUUUCAUCCGACGAGUGUCCGAACAGCGGCGAGGAUAGCGAGGAGGAUGUAAUAACCGAUUACCUUGGCUCAUCGCACUCCGACUGCGAUCGCGUGCCGCCUAUCAUUAAUGGAGAUCUGCGCGGCCUGAGUCUGCACGGCGGCAUAAUCACGGAAAUUGGCUACAUCACCAAAGACAAUACCGACAAAGUGUCGAUCGUCAUGUCCGACAGCGGCGAGGAACAGCAGCACCAACGGCAGCAACAGCAGCAGCAACAACAUCCGUUGCUCGCACUCGGCACUAAUAUACAAACCCAGCCUAAUCCUCUGGUACCCAUCAUUAGCGUCACCCCGCACUCACCCGGUCUGGCUAAGAACUAUCCGGUCCUAGAGGAGAACUUGCAGCAACUGCACGAGAUCCAUGAUUGCAUUCAGCGUAUGCGAGACCUUACGUUGGGUACUUUGGGGUACCAUAUUCGCGUGUCCAACAAUUCUGACUCUCCGCAGAGAUUGACUUCCUCCUGCCCGUCCUUGUGUCCGCUGAUCACCGCCGAGCUCGUAUCUCGUUCCGGUAACAAUCAUCAUGACACUGGUUCCGAUCCAGAUCUCUUCCUUGCUAAUUGCUCCACCAACAGUUCCCCGACGCAUUUCCCGUCGGUAGGCGGUCGCGCUCGCACGCAACAGUCGCAGGGUAUAGACAGGCGACGCAGCUGGACCGGGGAUCUGGAAGAUCUGGAAGAGAGUCGGCGUGGUAAUCGUCGAUACUCUGGGCAGAAUCAUCUGCAGGCCCAAAAUAUGGUUAAUAUCGUCCGUUACUUGUUGAAACCAGGGCACGAUCCGAUCUCGCGACAACGCAGCAUUAGUUUAAGUAGCCUAGACAGCGAAAACGAGCUAGAAUUAGAUGGGAAAUCAUGUGCCGGACCGGUAAGCGUAGGCAAUCGGGCAUGCAGAUCACAAACGAGCACUCACUCACUGAACGAAGCUGAUCUUGUACAGAGUGAAUAUCAGAAGAUAGUCAUAAAGAGGGAUAGUCAGAGGUUAACAGAAAGUAGCAGUUUAAUGCCAGGGCUGACUGGUUCGCGUUUACCUCUUCAGAAAUCCAUAUCUACGCCCUCGAUCGUUACACCGCAAGUUCACGCGCAUUUAGCCGAAACCGGAACUCGGACAACGCCUUCACUUGCAGCCCGUCAUGAAAGAAACGAAAAGGGUAGCGGGAGUGAGACAGAAACCGAGGAUCUUCAUACACCACACAGCCACGAAUUCCAUGAAGAUCGAGAGGGCACUCCAAGUGUUCAGAUAUCCCUUGACGAGCUUUUGACUGAUAGUACUGCAUAUGAUGAUCAUCAUUCCGAAAAAACUAGAAGAAAGCGCGGUUCUAUCUUCUUUCGUAAAAAGAAGGAUAAAAGCGGGAAGAAAACCAAUCAGCAACAUUUAUGGGUAACGAUGACAGUAGGAUCUCAAGGAAGCUUAUUGUGUGAUGUUUGUAUGAAACAUUCGACGAAUAAGCCGCUCCUUCAUUGCGACAAUUGCGGAGCAUCGGUUCAUCAAAGUCAAGGAUGCAAGGAUCAAUUGAUACUGGAAUGUGUCAAGUCUAAACAUCAGUCCAGCAAAUCUGCAUCAAAAUCUUUAUCGAGCGUUUCUACAAUUACAAGUAACAGCAGCAUUAACAAACGUGGUUCCACGACGUCGUUGCCUCUGCCAGCGUCAUCCGGAAGCGGAAGUCAAACGAUAAACGAAGAAAAAGAUGGCGAGAGCGGACAACAUCGUGAUCUUCCCAGUGGAUGGGAAGAAUUUGAUUUUGGUGACGACGUUCAUCAAUUCACCGUGGGCGAUCUCGAAGAGAUAGAUCCCGAGCUGACGUUGGGAAAGGAAGAACCUGAUUCUUGGAGCUCUGCAAUCGGUCGUAACGUUGCGCUGCGCCUCGUCGAUCAUUGUGAGCGCGAAGUGAAGAGACAGGAACAUAUAUAUGAAUUCGUGCUUACGGAGAAGCACCAUUGCCUGGUGCUGCUUGCGAUGGAAAAGAUCUUCGCGGAGGGAUUGCGACGGCACUUUCGUCUCGGUCAACCGGAUCUCGAACGUAUGUUCCCCCGAUUGCGGGAUUUGAUCGACAUCCAUCUGCGAUUUUUGCAAAAACUGCGAAAACGGCAGAAUGCCAAUCCCGUAGUUUCCACGAUCGUCGACAUUCUAGUCGAGCAGUUCUCAGGUGAUAACGCGCAACGCAUGAAAAGCGCGUACGGGGAGUUUUGUAGUCGUCACCGGGACGCCGUCGAGGCAUACAAGUAUUAUCUGCGUAACGACCCUCGUUUCGCCCGUUUUGUACGGCACUGUCAGACAAAUCCUUUGUUGAAAAAGAAAGGUAUACCUGAGUGUAUACUUUUUGUUACUCAACGUUUGACAAAAUAUCCAUUGCUGAUUGAGCCACUCAUUAAAACUAGCACUGUGCAAGACGAAGGUGAAGAUCUACGUAAAGCACUAGUUCUCGUUAAAGAGAUUUUAGCUGAUGUAGAUGCCUGCGUAGCCGAUAAGGAACGAGAAGAUAGAAAAUUAGAGAUAUACAAUAAGAUUGACGCGAAAUCAUUCAUUACGUAUCGUGGUGCCAAAUUUAAAAAGUCGGACAUAAUCAACAGAGUAUUGAAGUUUGAGGGCACUGCUUAUUUGAUGCAAGGUCGCGGCAAAAUGACUGCCAUCGUAGUGGUCGUUCUCUCAGACAUAUUGUUUUUCUUAGCUGAGAGAGAUCAGAAAUAUGCGUUCUUCGUGCCUGACAAUAAAGCCGGUAUAGUGUCGCUGCAGAAGCUGUUAGUCCGCGAAAAAGCCCGUCAGGAAUCCAGUAUUUACCUAAUAAGCAGCAAUCCGGCUGAACCUGAAAUGUUUGAACUGAAGAUUCAGAAACCAAAGGACAAACAACUAUGGAUACAGGCGAUUCGAUCGGCAGUCGAGGCUUGCCCGCAGGAGUCCGAGAACGAAGCUGAUGCACUGAUGGAAAAUAGUAACGAAUUGCGAGAUAUUCGCUCCUCCUCGAUCUCGCUAGUGUCUGUCGAAGAGAAGCAACGUAUCGCCAAAGCUAAGGAAUCACACAUACUUAGAAUUGUCGGCGAAUUGCGAAAAAAGGAUACUGAGCAGGCGCUGCUGUUUGAAGAGAAGAUCAAUUUGCAAAUGCGACUUUUACAAGCGGCGAACAUUUGGAACGGGAACGAGAGCGACAAUGAGAGAAUCGAGAAACUUGAGAAGGAAGUCGCUGAUUACACUCGGUUGGUGCACAACGAGAGGACUGAUACCACUCAAUUAUGGCAGGAGGUAUUUGUAGCCGUGCAAGAAGCGACACGUCUUGCUAGCUCGUUGUCAUUUAACGUAGGUGGCGCUAAUUUAUCGAGAAGCUUAAGUUCUGCCGGUGAACGUCACAGUGAAGCUUAUGUUUCGCCAGCUCUUUGUGUGCCUCGAAGAGCCGAAACUUUCGCCGGUUUUGAUCACAACAAGGAGAGACACCCGCUGCGUGAUCCAAACGCGUUGCAUACCGUACUUCCCGUUCCGAAACUCGGCGAGUUACCGAAAGAAAAUCCCGAACAGAAGGAAGGUCCAGAAUUAGAGACGAACAAGGAUCAACAGUGGGCGGCAAUACGUUUGUCUAAUCACAUUUAUACGUUGGUUUGUAUAAUAAGUAGUCAGAUGACGACAAUCGACAGUCUACAGGCGCAACUGGCCGCGUGUAAAGACGGCGGCACGGGUAAAUCAUCUAAUAAUCGUCCGAAUCCGAAUCGUCAAUUGGAAGAGUUGCGAAAUCUACAGGAUCAGCAUUAUCGAGAUAAAGCGGCGUUUCAAGCUGCGUCUCAGCAGGAGAAAAUGCAAUUGGAGGAGGAACGAGCCGAGCUAGCCCGCCAAAGAGAGCAGUUGGCCGCCGAGCAGCGAGAUGUGACACAGCAACGAGAUCAGUUGUAUCGACGGCUCGAGGCGUUAGAACGACAGGGUGUUACAUUAGUCGGAAGUUCCACGACCGGCUCGAUUCACCUGUCGCACUUGACACAGAACACAGAAACGAUGCAGCAAACUGCACGCAGCAAAGCGCAAUCUGAAGCCAAACGCAUCCCCCUGAAUCUGAUCAGCGCGACAAAUCAACAAAAAGUGCAAAGCAACUUGCCAGUCAAACAGCAACUGCCGCUAAAGCUUGCCAGCGGGAGUAACAACAAUACAAGAAGCAACAGUACCGCGAGUAAUAACAGUCCAGAUCGGCACUCUAGAACAGGCAGUAGCCCGGCGAUCGUCACCAGUUCUGCGUACUCUUCACCGGAGCUCGGAAAUAGCCAUCAUCACGGAAUCGGCAGCGGGAGUCACACGUACUCAUCGAAUCGUUCAUUUCGGAUCACUCGCUCUCCGCCCGAAGUCUCAUAUGCGCAGCAGCAACAGCGAAGCUCGGAGCAGCACUCGCAACAGCAACAACAGCAGCCGCUGGAGGAAGAGGUGAUCUUUUUCUGACGAUUCUUUCGAUUCGGUCGCAAGCAUUCGUCGCGUUCGUCACGCGCCACCGCCGCUACUGGUACAACCACGCCAACCUCCACGCCAACACCAUCGCCGCGCAGCCAAUCGCGGAACAGUCAACCCCGAAGUCGCGUUAAGUCUUUUUGAUUUUCGACAUAAAUUUUUUGCGGUAAUCAAAUAUAUAUUUUAUCCAGUGUUUCGCGGAUACAAUUCCUUAAAAUCGCUCACCAUAAUUUUCUAUCAUUUUGCGUCUUUCUUCUUCUGUUGUCCAUUCUCAUGUUCCAUUUCUUUUUCAUGACGGAUUUGAUCGUUUUAUGAUAAGAUCCUACUGUUCUAUAUUUCACAUCCAAUGAGGUCAUACUUGAGUGCAAUACGAGAAUCAUCUUAUCCCUACGCUACGAUAAUGCUAUCAUGAAUAAAUGCGAGUAUUUAGCCUCGGUAUAGUUGGGAGAAGGAGAUAAAAUAAUAAUUAUUACGUAUCCAACUGCUACAACUGAUGGCAAUAAUAUAAUUUUUAUGCCAAAUUUCAUGAAAUUACCUUGAAAGAAAGUUAAGAAUAAAAUACAAUUUCUAUUAAGAGUUAUGAGUAAUGAUCAGAAAUGCUCGCGAGAUAAAAAAAAGAGAGAAGGAGAAGUAUUAAUGUAACAAAGUAGAUCAGCUGAUCUUGUUAAAGUCUUGCUCGUUACGUUAUUAAGCCGACUGACAGUUUUAGAAACACAAGAUUUUAGACGAAUCUUUUAAGCAAACCUGUUGCUGCUUGCUGAAACAUGCAAGAUAGAUGAAUACAUAUAUAUUAUGGUUACAUAUACAUUGAAUGUGUACAUAUAUAUAUAUACAUAAGAAUAUAUACUUUUUCAUGAGUGUGUACGUAUAAUUGAUUAUGAAUGAAAAGACGAAUGUACGCAUGUAUAUGUGUAUCUCUUUUCACGCAUACACGCAUUUCUGAGUUAUCUCUAUGAAUGCAUGUUGUUGUGAAUGCGAGAGAGCGAUGGCUAUUCUUAUAUCAUAACUAUUGAAGUAUUUUAAUGCUAAAGCGACAAGUAAAAUUUAUCUUUAACGAUAAUGAAUUAUUAUUACUAUUGUUACGCGUGCCAAAUCACUGUCGUAAUUCGAAAUUAAUGCAUUUUAUUUUGGACCAAAAUUAUUUAUUUCAGAAAUAAUUCCGUUCAUCAAGUGCACACGAUAUACAUUUCGGUAUUUUCUUCACUAAAGUACCGAAAUACGAAUAUAUAUAAAAUAACGAGAGAAAUUCCUAUCUGGCAUUUGGUUUCGAGAUUAUUCACUGCCAUUAUAUUGUUAUUCUUUAUUGAGAGUGUUCUUUUUCUUAUAUUAUUGUCUAUACAAACUUUACACUAUUUAUUGCGUUGCUUAAGAUCAAUGAUUAAAGUCUAUACGAAACUACGCGAAAUACGAAAACUGGGAGAGUUUAUUGUACAAGACUCGCGUACACUGAAUUCCUCAUCAUCCCGAAUUCGCGUCUUUUCGAGGAUCUUAUAUUCCGCACUGUCUGACAUAUUUUAUUUAUACAUGUAUCAUGCUUAUCAACGAAGAAAGUUUUCAAAUAAGAAUUUUUUAAUCAUGUGAGAUACUAUACGUCAGAGCCGCCGAUUCAUUAUUCUGUAUGUAAAAUGCAGAGGAUACAGUAUGCGCGUUUAGCAUUUACUUUAGCGAAGAUUAUCAUAUCGAAUCAAUUCUCUCAUAAAUUCGAAAAGUAUAAGUCUGUACGCGACAAUUCCAUUAAUACGUAAAACAUUGUUGUGAUGAUUGUCAAUACGCAUCCGAAUUAUGGAUUCCUAAACUAUUCGGUUUACAAACGAUCAUAAUAUAUAUAUAACGUUGUGUAAAUAUACAUUCCUUAACAGAUAAGACUGGCAUGCAAUAUGAUCGAAUUGACGAAGGCUAAAUAGAGGAUUGAUCAUUGAUCAUGUAAUAGAUCGACGAUAAGAAAAAAAAACGACUAAUGAAUUGACCUCGUUAAGAAAAUUUAAGUAAUACUACCAGCUGCUCGCGUCUCAAUCAAUCGUGUGGUGACAAUAGAUCUUAAAAGUAUUCCAUAAGGUAUGCUGAAUUACGCGAGAGAAAAAAAAAGAAAAAAAAAACACAUAAGCGAUGACUUAUAUAUUAUAUACGAAUCUAUACCUAUACUAUUAUACUUACUAUCUACUGCGAUGCCGAGCUAAAAUAAAAGCUCAAACUCAGACUAUUAUUGCGAUUAGCUGUUACAGUGUCUGCUACGGGUGAAUGUUCGACUUCAAAUCGCGAGAGUGACAUUUAUAUAUAAAUUCAAAUUGUAUAACACUAGUAGCAUGCGCAACGCUCACUAGAAAGAAAACAAAAGGUCGGUAUAAGGUAAUAUCAAAUUGAUUUUCAAAAUUAAUUUGAAAUGUAUAAUUUAUAUAGUCGAUUCGAAAAAACAUUUUGCACACUUAUGUAAAAUUGAGUGAAAAACCACGAUACGAUAUAGCGAAUUAACGAUAUCACGUAGUGUGUAAUUAAAUUCUGUUUUCUUUUUUCGGGGUAAGAAGAG